CUUAGAUUUGAGAAAUACUGAGUAAGCAUGCUAGGGCUAUUAUUGAUAACGCCACCUAUGUUUGAGGAUCUACAAAAAAUUGGUUGUGUUUCUCCUCCUAACUGCGAACAAAGACAAGGUUGAAGAAUAAAAAGGAAAGGAGAACAAUGGAUAGCGAAAGUGAAUCCGACUGUGAUGAGUUCAGCUUCACCUGUGACAAAUGCUCAUUUGUGACUAAAGAUCUACAAGAGAUUAAAAAACAUACUCGGGAACACAAGAAAUUAGCUAAGAACCCUGUUGAAACUAUCAAUUCACAUGAAAAGAGCGCAGCUAGAAACAAGACUGGAAGUCGAAAGAUAAGAACAAAACAGGACAAACGGAAAGAACGCGAUAAUGAAGUUGUGCAAAUUCCUGAUGAGGUACUUAAUAAAUCAACUGAUCAACAGAAUAAUGACACAAUAAAUCUUGAUGAUUCAAGCAAGAGCGAUACUCAUCAAAUUGCAGAAGAAAUUGAUGUUAAUUUGCUUGAUUCAAACAUAACAUCUGGCUUUGAUGUUUCUAAGGAAAAAAUUGAUGCAACUUUGUUGCAUCAUGAGCCAAUGUUAUUUUUCGAUGGUGAGAAUGUUGGUGAGAGUGAAGGAUCCAACUCUGUUGAAGGUGAAGAGAUAAAGGUAAAACCUGUUGCUAAAUCAGUUAAGCAAUAUCAUCCAAGAUCUCGGAAUAAGAAGAAGCUUUCAAAAGGGGAGAAAGAUAAUUGUCUUUUGUAUUCAGAAGUGGUUGAUGAAAUUGAAAGCUCUGAAGAGAUCGACAAACAAAGUGAAAAUUCAGAUAAGCUGUACUUCACAUGUGCUAAGUGUUCAUUUACGGCAAACACAAGCCAACUUCUUAAGAGGCAUGAACGUAUUCAUGAGCAUGCAAAAGUACCAGUGGAUACUGUGACAUGUGAUGAGUGUGAAAUGGACUUUAAAUUAAAGCGAGACUUAAUAGUUCAUCAGUUUGAGAUACACAACAAACAAGUCCCACAAUCUUACCGAUAUUUAGUAGACCCCAGCAAAUGUAAGAUUCUUCCCGAUCGUUACAAAUGCUCUUACAAUUCCUGCGAAUUCUCUUGUAAAUUUCUCUACAUGUUGGAUAAUCACAAAGCAAAUAACCAUCGGAAACUAAAACCAAAGUCUAAGCCACCACGAAGGUAUAAACAGGCGAGCACCGAGGUUAAAGAGGAUCGGUACUCUUGCCCGACCUGCGGAUUCGUUUGCAAGUUUAAGAAAUCAUUGCAGAAGCACACCCAAGAAGCGCACAAAAAAUCUAAGGCGCCUAAGAUUGGAGGAAGAGGCUCGGUGCCUGGACGGCAUUGUGAAUACUGUAACAAGUACAUUAUUGGCAGCACAAAUCACUACCUUCGACAUAUGUGUAUUCACACAGGCGAGAAGCCAUUUUCUUGUGAUGAUUGUGGCAAAUGUUACACAGAGAAGGCGAGUUUAAACCAGCAUAAGCUGACGCACGGUGAAGCGAGUGAUUAUCUCUGUGAGGAUUGUGGGAAGGCUUUCAAACGUGCAAUUAAUCUGCGUAUGCAUAAGCGUAUCCAUCUGAAAACCAAGCCACACGAAUGCUCAUUGUGCGAUUACAAAUGUCGGAGGCGAGACUCUCUGGGUCUGCAUAUGAAGCGCAAGCACCUGAAAGAGAAGCGAUUUUUAUGUGACCAUUGUGGAAAGCCAUUUUUCAGUGACCAAGAACGUAACCAACACCUCAAACGGAAGCAUUUACCACGGCCAAUGCCGUUUAUUUGUCCACUCUGUGAGGAACCAUUUAAAUUUGAGUAUAAUAUGCGUGCCCACAUGAAGACACACCCGAACUACAAACCUAAUAAGUGUUCAUAUUGUGAUUUUGAAACACGUACCAAAGCUGCAUUAAAAGACCAUGUUAAGAAACAUACAGGUGAGAAGACCAAAUCAUGUGACCUCUGUGAUUAUGUUACUUCAACAUGUAGCAAUCUGUAUAAACACCGAAAGCGUACUCACGGCAUCAACAGCAUUCGUCCGGUUGUGAAGCUAAAUGACGAUUGUACUACUGUAGUAAUUGAUGUAACUGACCAGGCCUCAAGCACGGGCGAUGCCAGUAGGCCUGUUACAUCAAGAGCUAAUAAAUACACUAGUAAUGUUAUCUCCCAAGCUUUAGCAGAAGCUCGUAUAGCCCAGGCUGAUGUAUAUGACAAUGUUGUCCAAACGUGUCCACCACAGGUGACACGAUCCACCCCAGUGCAAAUGCUACCUCAGAAUCUUGUCUCUUCCAUUGUACCGUUGACUCCGGGUACAACUUUUUCUCUCGGUACCAACCUUCCAAUCAUUCCUAGCACGAGCGUCCCGGUCUCAAUGAAUUCCAUGUUUCCUGAUAACAUUGUGUCUGCUGGGAUGACAGCUAAUCUUGUUGUUGCCACUCCGCCUAUUCCAACUGCAAGUUACUACACCAAUCUUAUGACUUACCACAAUUUACAGUGACUCCGUCCCAACCAAAUUUGGACAUCAAUUUAUGUAACUUUUCGUGAUUUUUGUUGUAUGAUAUACCUAGUGGUAGCGCCAGCAGUGGAUCAGAGGGAAAGUUACCAGGACAAGCAUAGUCCUGUUGUCGUCCCUGCCACAGAAAAGUUAAAAAUAUUAAAUCCAACAAACUUAUUGUGGUCUAAAAGCACACUUUUGGGCUAUUUUAAACCAUAAAUUUCUGUCCAAGAACUCCACCAGGGAUUUUAUUUCCGAGACCCUGACCUAGAGCCCUUGGUUCAGACUACUAUAAGUUUUUGCAGCUCUGUUGGUAAGUUUGUGGAACAGCACUAUACAGCAGAUGUAUAUACCAUAUUUGCUAAUAUUGGUAUUCCUUGGCUUAAAACAUAAUCAAUAAUUACUGUUUUGAUAUUUAUAAAAUGAAGCUAGAAUUAGCCGACAUCGUUAUUAUAUAUGAACAUUGAAAUAAUGAGAAGUUUAAGGAAUAAGGCUAUGUUCACACACACUAGCUAACGGUUAGAAGGAUCCAGAUAAAUGGUUUGGCGCAGCGUGGAAGGUUUGGUUUCCCAACCAUGAGGUCUGGGUUUCAUUCCCUUGCUGUGCAUUUCGCUUGUGUCCUUGAGCAAGGAUCUGCAUUGCUUCUCUCCACCCAGAGUAUAAAUGGGUACCUGGUGGGGGUUACUUGCUCCUGCGCUGAUUACAGCAGCAACACAUAAGCAUGUGGAUCCAAUGACCAGAAAUGAUUCGUAUCUGCAAAGUAAGGCGGUAUAUAAAUUAUAUGAAUAUGAAUGAAUGUUCAUAGUUAAUGCAAGAAAAUCCCAGAUCAAAAUAUCAAGAUGAUGAUGGGAUCACUAGACAAUAGGAAACUGGAAAUGCGUAGGUGAUUAGUUAAUGAUAGAAAGGCGCUCAACUUGCUAAUCAACAGGGCUCGCUAACCGUUAGCGUAUCCAGUUCCUGGUAACAGGUGCUAAGGGUUGGCUCCAGAUACUAGUGCUCUAGUGUGAACCUAACUGAAUCUAAUAAAUGUGCUCUAUACAUGUGCAAUAUCGGAUCAUUCUCUCUGCUAAAUAUGAAACUGUUUUAAUCUUAUAACUUGUUCACACUAUCAAAUUUUAUGCGAUAAGUGAUUUGAGCAAUUCACUCAAAUUUGAAAAGUAAAGCUUCUUUUCCACUAGGUGAAUUUUUUUGCAUGAAUCAAAAAUAUUGGUUCAUACACAUUCACCUUCUACCGGAUUUUUUAGCUUUCAGUAGCUUGAACUGUUUCUACUUUUUGCAAAGCAAUGUACAACCAAUCGGAGCUACUCAGGAAGUGAGCCAACGCUUUUGAUUCGCAGGAAUAAAUUUGCGUUGUGGAAAACAGGCUUUAAACUUGAUAGUAUGGACAGAGCUUAGUGUAUUUAGAAUAUUUUUUUUUAUUGUAAUUGUUAACAUAUUGCUUCAUAUCAUGAUAAUGUUGCACAUUUUAAUUGUAUUACUGCACUGUACUCUAUCAUGUUAGAAACAAUCAUACUAUACGCUUGAAUAAAAGAUGAGAUGUCUUUUAGUACUGUAAUAAAUGUUGUGCGCAUUCUUGAUCCAAUUUCACUUCAUAAAAUUCCAAUACUCUACUGUACGUUAAAUUAAAGAUAAAUAAUACCAUGGAAAACUUUUUAAAAAAAACUUAAUUACUUUAUAUUGGCCAAACAAAAAAGAUUAAUGGUUAAAAUUUAACUAUAAUAACCUUCUCGUACACACCCAUUGCAUCCGCCUAGAUAAAGGUCUGUCGUAUUUUGGUAUUUAUUGAAAACGAACACACUACACAACACACACUGAAAUAGCCAUUGUAUACUUUUAUUUAUUGGUAUUUUAAUCUAACAAAAACAUUCAAACAAAUGUA